CAGAGCCGUGAGUAAAGCCGCCACCAGUUGCCGGCUAAUAAUAACAAUCUGCUGCGCCUUUAAGAGGAUGAGUAGAGUGGGGGUGGGGAAAGGGUAAUCUUUGGGAUCGGAUCAGAUCGGCAUCACUUUCCGAACCUGACAGGUCCAGGUGCAUGUCUGAGUCUGUGGCACGACUCUUUAUCCUUUGGGCCACUUUUUUUGUGUUCACAUACGAAAACCCGGAUUGAAUUACGCCGCGCGCAUUUAAGAGGCUACCAGCGGGAUUAGAGUUACGCACGGCAGUACAGGGCAGGCUGCGCGCUCCGGAGGAGUUUUACGCACGGCCGGGGCACCAAGAGGACGCGCACCCGCAGCGUCAUUUCUCCCUACCUUCAUCCACCCCGACACCACCUCACCUGGAAGCCCGUCCCUGCACGCCCGCCGCGCAGCAUGGCUGAGAUAGGGAAAGGGGUGACCGCCGGAAAAUUGGCCAGCAACGUGCAGAAGAGGCUGAGCCGGGCGCAAGAAAAGGUCCUGCAGAAGCUGGGUAAGGCCGAUGAAACACGAGAUGCUGCCUUUGAGGAGAUGGUGGCCAACUUCAACAAGCAAAUGACAGAAGGCACCAAACUGCAGAAAGACUUAAAGGCCUACAUGGUAGCGGUGAAAACGAUGCAUGAGGCUUCCCGCCGGCUGCAGGACUGCCUGGCUGACAUGUACGAACCCGACUGGUAUGGGAAAGAGGAGACAGAUGCGCUGGCAGAGGAGAUGAUUGAGAAAGAGUUGGACUUUACCUUGGAGGACCUGGACACUCUGUGGUUAGAAUAUCACCAGAACAUCACCGACCAAUCCCUGCUCUGUGUGGACACAUACCUGGCUCAGUUUCCUGAAAUCAAGGCUCGUAUAGCAAAGCGCGACAGGAAGAUGGUGGACUUUGACAGCGCCCGCCAUCACUUCACCUCCUUACAGAAAAGCAAGAAGAAGGACGAAGCCAAGAUUGCUAAGCCAGCAGCCCUGUUGGAGAUGGCAGCACCCAGCUGGGCUCAGGGUUUGAUAUCAGCCCACCAGGUGGCUCAGACUAAUCUCUCCUACAACCAGGCGGAGGAGGAACUGGGCCGAGCUCAGAAGAUAUUUGAGGAGCUCAAUGUGGAGUUACAGGAUGAACUCCCAACACUGUGGGACAGUCGUGUUGGCGUCUAUGUUAACGCAUUCCAGAAACUGGCAAACCAUCAGGAGAAGUUCCACAGAGAGAUGGGCAACCUCACCCAAAACCUGCAUGACAUCAUGACCAAACUGGAGGAGCAGCGGGAACUCAAAAGAGAUGAUGCUGCAAUUUCAAAGAAAGGGGAAGGAAAAAAGAGUGAGGGAGCCAACCACAGUGAGUCAGCUGCUGUUGCGCCAAAGAAGCUCGGUCUUCCUCCCAGUCGGCCUCCCCCGAGACUAACGCCGUCCCCAGAUCUGAGGCAGCAUUGUGCUGACGAGGAUGAGGAUUUGGUGCCCGCCACUACCAAAGAGAGCACCAGCCCGACGCCGCAGGGGCCCUCGUGGGAUUUGUGGGAAGGGCAGAGUGCCACGGAGCCAACUCCUCAGCCUGUUGUGGACCAGUGCACAGAAGAAACCCAAAGUGACUGGAAUUCCAAUGACGCCACCAACCAGAGUUGCCCUCAGCACAGCUGGAACGAUGCGGAAGCAGCUGAGGCGGAGGAGGCCUGGAGCCAUGACCAAGACUAUGCGGCUCAGACAUACACAGAGCCCAGCUGGGAUGAUGAUGAUGUGGGACAGGGUGAAUGGGGGGAUGAGGAGAGUACAGUGGCCAAUGGCUCAGAUGGUGAACUUCCUCCAGGGUUUCUCUACAAAGUAAAAGCAGUACAUGAGUACACUGCCACAGAUGGCGAUGAACUGGAGCUGAACGUUGGCGACAUAGUUCUAGUUCUGGCUUUUGACAACCCAGAUGAACAGGAUGAUGGCUGGCUGUUGGGCCUGAAGGAGUCGCACUGGUUGCAGAAGAAAAACAUUUCAGCUAAAGGUGUUUUUCCUGAGAACUUCACCCAAAAAGUUUGAGGCACAAAAAAAGCCUCCUGUUCUCCAAUUUUUGCAGAUUUUAUUUGAAACUAAUAAUGUCCACCAAAACAAGUUAUUUUCAGCAGAAACUUGUACUGAAAAAUUACAUCUUAUUUGAUAGAAAAUAGUUGGAAACAGUGCCUGUUGGUGAUCAUGCAAAGUCAAAAGGUUAUCCCAUUUUUUAUUUUUUUUUUCCUUUCCAGAAUAAAAGCUGCAUUUGCUUUCUGACACUGUUGUUCAAGAGUUGAUGCAUCAGUUUUUAAGUUCUUAUGUCUGCUUCAGGUUUAAUUGGUUCACAUUUUUUCACAUUGUGUGUUAUUCACUCAUGGGAAUUUGCCUCAAGUUAUUUCAAAACAAAUGUUCGGAAUUAUGAAAAUUUUGUUAUGCAAAUAUCUGUACUACUUUUUCAAAUCAUGCAAACGUUUUAUUUUUGUUUGUUUUUUAGAACAGUGGCAGACAUCACGAAUGGGUUAAAAAAAACAAAAAGUUUAAAACCCUGAAUUAUAUUUUUUCAACCAGAUCAGAAGCGGAUAUAGCACCCAAUGUUGCAGUUUUUCAGUUAGUUUUGGAUGAGGCAACUUUAUAAGAACUUUUUUUUUCUUAUGCAUGAAGGAUUUCAUUAUGUUGUCAUUUACUGUGAUAUCAGUGGCAUCAAUCUGUGAAAAAAAGUUGUCUGAGAAAAACUGAUUUCCUUGAACAGAUCCCUGUGGUACACCACUUCUGCAAACUUUAUUUUGCUGUCUAAGUCCUGCAUUACUAAAUGUUUACACAGUUCAGUUUGUUGUAGGUUUUCAAAGGGAACAGUAGUUUUUAAGAGACUAAACAUUAUUGUUAAAAUGUCAUUAGAAACAAUUAAAAGUUUAAAUUCUAUCUAAACCAAUGUGUUCAUUGGUUUUCAGAAAACUCUGAUUUGUUAAACCCCUGGACUUGUUUAAUACUGAGCAGCUAAGUAGGAGGAAAAAAUAUCUUAAAUCUAAACCUUUUUGUUUGGUUCAAAAUCAGGCCUUUUUUUUAAUUAAGUACACUGUCGAAUUCCACAUUUAUCACAUAAAAGAGGUUAUUUUUAAACCGUGUGACUGAUGCAGGAUCAGAUCAGUAUUAUUAAAAACAAAUGAAACCCA